AUGGCAAAGCGGGAGCCGCCGUCUGAGGAUGAGAUGCUCCGCGCCUUCAGGGCGUGCCCCGUGCUUGAUCGCGAGACGGCUGUCCAGCAUUGUCCGGAGGUGGUUGAGGUGUCCGAGAUGCUGGCCAAGUGUCUGGCAGUCCACUGGGAGUGGGUGCUGCUCGCGCUACUCGCGUGCGUUGGCGUUUUGAUUCCCGAGGACCGCUUCGAGACGGCCCCUUCAAUCGAGGUGCAGUCGUCCCUAUGGAUCAUCCUGAUUCACCCUGGGGCCACGAACAGUUCGGGCGUCAUCAGUCUCGUGACGAAGGCGAUGACGAAGCUCGUCAAUCGCCUGCACAAGUACGAGACUGACAGCUACGACGCCCAUUACAACGCUCUGUCGGCGGAGGAGCGCGGUGAAUAUGAUCCACCUCCGCGUCGCCAGGUGUUGGCUGGCGGUGCCUCUCUGCCCGCGAACGGCAUGAUAAUGAGCUGCCAUCAAAAUCGCGGCGCCGCGCUCGCCGCGGAGUGCGAGGUCGAAGGCGUGUUCUCCUGGUUCCAGAACGAGAUGGGCGUAGACAAAGCCGUUCCCGGGAAGCUCUGGGACGGCAACGCUUGGCAUCGUCCAGUCAUGGACAAAGCCCGCGCCUUCUCGGUUGACGCACCCUGGUUCGGGUUCAUUGCCGGGGCCCACAUUCCGGAAACCUUCAAAGCGACGAUUAACGAUGCUUUCGGGCUUCGGGAGCGCCUCACCGCGAGCUUCGCGGAGCCCCAGUGGCUGACCAUCAGGCAGAUCCGCGAGGCAUGCGCGCAGCUCCCCGUGCGGUCGCGCAAGCCCGCCGACUUCGUGGCCGGCCUGUUGCUGCCGCUCUUCAAGUGGCAUCAGGAGUCCAAGUACCACGGUAAGCUCCGGACCAAAUUCGACCGCAUGGCCUUGUCCACGCACGCCCUGCACGUGGUCUGCCAGAGGUUCCGCGAGUCGACCGCGCCAGCGCAGUACCGCCUUGACGACAACUGGGCGCAUAAUUUCUCGGCGCCCCCAGUGGUUUCCAAGAAAGCCGUCGCCAUGGCUUACUUGCUGGCGGAGAAGUGCGAGCACACCUGGAAGAUCUUGGACUUCGCGCGGAACGGCCACGGCAUUCCGCAGGAGGCAGGCUCCCGCGCGUCCCAGGCAACGCAGCCUGGAGAGGCGCCCAGCGGCCCCCCUGCACCACCCGCCCCUGCCCUUGUGGACACGCAGGCGGCCGCCGAUGCCGACGUGAUCGUGCUGACCGAAACCGUCGCGGGCAAGAUGGCGGGCAAGUGGUCGUGGACCAAGGAAGAGUUGAACAAGGUCAUGUCCAUGGGCACCGAGGUGUUCAAAGCCACUCUGGACAAGUUCCCCCUCUACGGCUGCUCUCUCCCCGCGCUGGUGGACGUCAUGCACGUGAUCUUGGCGGAGCCCGGGCAGUAUUUCUAUAACGGGAAGUCCGCCACUGUGGCGCGGCACGUGAAGGCCGUGACCAAGGAUACCUCUUUCUACGAGCACACGAUUCUUCUCCUCUUCAUUGCGGCGAAGGUGCUCCAGGCGCUGGGCCUUGGGGUGACCGUGACGACGCGGAAGACGACCCGGCCAGACCUGGUCGCCGUGCUCGCGGAGCUGGGGAUCUCCGAAGAGACGACGCCGACUCUGGCCGCAUACGUCGCCUCUAUUGACGCUGAGGAGCACCCCCCGCCGCGCGCCCCGGUCGUUGACUGGGGCCAGCGCCCGCCGGCCUCCGAGGUCGACGUGGGGUACCUGGCGGGCAAGUUGGGCCUCGUCUCCGCGCGCGAGGAGGCCCCGGUCGACGGCGCCGCGGCCCCGGCGGUGGAGCACGCUGCGCUGGCGCCAGCAGCUGCGGGCGGGCUGGACCUUGAGGGCAUUGCCGAAGGCGCCGAAGACGACGCGCGCGCG